UCUGCUUCUGUAAAUAACUGAGCCUUUCUAGACAACCUUGUAAAUAUAAACGACUAAUUUUUUUUGCAUGUGUUUGUUCGCCAAUUCGAAUUUGCGCAAUAAAACAUUUUAUCUCAACUGUCAGGUGGUCCGAUUAUGUCAGAUGUAAUAAUUGUGCUAAUAAUUGAAUAAUAGACUUAUAAAUUGUGAUACAGUAGUAAAAGACUUAUUUAUAAUCAUUUGCACUAAUUUUGUGUGCAAAUUAUCGCGUGCAAAAAAAUUUUUUCAUCCUAACCUCAAAAAGUCAUUUUUCGGUUUUGCGAUUUUUUUCUUGUAAUGGAUGAAAGAUUAUGUCUGCUGCCGAGAUAGAAGGACAUUUGAGAAGAUUCAAUAUUGACAGUGCCAUCAGUGACCCCACAGUUAAGAUAAGAGGCCUGGAUGAUAUUACUCAGAUACGACUCAACAGCAUUAGACAGGUGUUUUAGAAAAUACUUGUCUAGCCGAAAGAUUAGUGAGUUUUUGAUUUAUCUGCAUACUAAAUUUUAUGACAAGAAAAGCAAUCUUUAUAUUGUUUGAAAAAAAGUGAUUGAAACAAGUUUUGUGUUACAAAUACAGAGAAUGGAUAUUGUCGCAAAUUAUCCAGUUCUGAAGUCUUUUCUGGCAGGUUCUUUCUCAGGAACGUUCAGUGCGAUAUUGUUUCAACCAUUGGAUUUAGUUAAAACGAGGUUGCAGAACACUCCACAAAGUUCUACUAGUCCUCGAUCAUGUGGAAUGGUAACAGUUUUAACGACAAUUUUAAAGAAAGAACAAUUAUUAGCACUUUGGACAGGAAUCACACCUUCCAUAACACGAUGUGUUCCUGGUGUUGGCCUGUACUUUUCUGCCUUACAUUGGCUGAAAUCGCAGACACUUGUGAAUGAAAAUGUAAACGAGCCAACCCCAUUGCAAGCGGUUGCUCUUGGAGUCGCUGCAAGAACCAUGAGUGGGGCUGCCCUUAUACCAAUCACCGUAAUUAAAACCAGAUAUGAAAGCGGUGUAUAUAACUAUGCCAGUAUGACACAAGCCCUUACAAUAAUUUGGAGAACUGAAGGCCUUCGAGGCUUAUGUUGUGGUCUCACAGCAACCCUCGUAAGGGAUGCUCCUUUCUCCGGAUUGUAUCUCAUGUUCUAUACGCAAAGCAAACAAGCCAUACCACAAGAUAUUUUAAAAUCCCCAUAUGCAUCUUGUGUCCAUUUUACUUGUGGUGUAACGGCUGGAAUUUUAGCAUCUGCUGUCACGCAUCCAGCAGAUGUCAUCAAAACACAAAUGCAACUUUAUCCAGACAAAUUCACAUCAGUGCUCAGGGCCAUGGGCCACAUUAACCACACCAUGGGCGUCUCUGGUUAUUUCAGGGGCUUAGCCCCUCGUAUGUUGAGAAGAACCUUGAUGGCAGCCAUGGCCUGGACAGUUUAUGAACAGAUAACACUCAGGAUGGGUUUGAAAUAAAAAUAAAAAAAAAUAAAAAAGAAAUAUGGAUACUUUGGAAGAACUUUUUUGAGAAUCAUCGAAAGGUAAACUAUCAUUGUAAUAAUAGAACCAGAU